GUUGUUGUGUACCGAGGUAGAGCCUCGCUCUCUCUCUCGUAGGGAUGUCAUUUGAGUAGCAGCGAGCAUGGAAGCGAUGUCCACGUUGGAACUAUACAACGCGGGGCCUUGCCUCCUGCCCUCGCCUGAUCGCGUUUGCUUCAAUUCUCUCGCUUAGAGUUUUUUGUUUGUGUUCCGACUGCAGGUAUUGUGGUCUAUGCAAACAUGACUUUUUGUAAAAAAGGUGUCAGUUUUCUUGCCAGAUAGAAGAAUAAAAAAACAAUUAUAUCUCGCUUAAGUUGAAUUUGUCUUCACCCGGCUCGCCACUUUGUAACUUUGUUUUACUUUAAAUAUGCACAGUUUUUAUUUUUACCAGGCCAAGCCCGCUUGAGCUGCUGUACCGCUCUUGUUUUCACAAGCGACCUGCCCACAACAACAAUAACAACAAGCUGCCGCUUCCUCUGCAGAAUUGGUCUGAUGGAGCAAAGGCACUCGGCGCAGCUCGGUGCAAAAAGGCAUCAAUGCAACCGGUGUGCAUACAGCGCGGAUCGUCUUAGAAAUUUGACACUGCACCAGAGAACUCACACAGGAGAGAAACCCUUCAAGUGCAGUGUGUGUGGGAAGGCGUUUGGACAUUCAUCUACUCUUGUAGCACACCAGAGAACUCACACGGGAGAGAAACCCUGCAAGUGCAGUGUGUGUGGGAAGGCGUUUGGACAUUCAUCUGCUCUUGUAUCACACCAGAGAACACACACGGGAGAGAAACCCUUCGAGUGCAGCGUGUGUGGGAAGGCAUUUGGACAUUCAUCUACUCUUGUAAAACACCUGAGAACACACACGGGAGAGAAACCCUAUAAGUGCAGUGUGUGUGUGAAGGCGUUUGCAAAUUUAUCUCAUCUUGUAGUACACCAGAAAAUACACACGGGAGAGAAACCCUUCAAGUGCACUCCGUGCGGGAAGGCGUUUGCACGUUCAUCAAAUUUUCAUGUCUACCAGAGAUCACACAAGCAUCAGAAGAUCCACCAGGAGUGGAGUCUGAAAUCAGCUUUAGAAAGUCAAAGUGCUGCAAUGAGCCCAUCCCUCAUCAAACAAGAACCGGAAGAAAAUCCCAGCUUGGACAUUUUCAAAGAAAUCGAGGUGAAAUAUGAAGAGGUGACGGUGAAAUGUGAAGAAGUGAUGGUGAAGAGCGAAGAAGUGAAGGUAAAAUGUGAAGAUGAAGAUUCAACCACAAAAUUGGACCUUCACAUCGAUGGAGACAACGUGAAGCAGGAGGAGAAUUCUGACUGUGAGUCAGAGCGAGGCAACUUCCAGCAGUUUGUGGAAGUGGAGGUGUGGGUGGACUUCCUCCGAGACAAUACAAAGUCAAAUGGAACGUCGCCGCUCAGCGUGACCUCAUCUGCGUCAAACGCCAGGGGGAGCUUCCUCUGCAGAAUUGGUCUGAUGGAGCAAAGGCACUCGGCGCAGCUCGGUGCGACAAGGCAACAAUGCGACCGGUGUUCAUACAGCACAAAUUGUCCUGAACAUUUGACACAGCACCAGAGAACUCGCAUGGGAGAGAAACCCUUAAAGUGCAGUGUAUGUGGGAAGGCGUUUGCACAUUCAUCUGAACUUGUAAAACACCAGAGAACACACACGGGAGAGAAACCCUUCAAGUGCAGUGUAUGUGGGAAGGCGUUUGCACUUUCAUCUACUCUUGUAGCACACCAGAGAACACACACGGGAGAGAAACCCUUCAAGUGCAGUGUGUGUGGGAAGGCGUUUGCACAGUCAUCUACUCUUUUAAAACACCAGAGAACACACACGGGAGAGAAACCCUAUAAGUGCAGUGUGUGUGUGAAGGCGUUUGCAAAUUUAUCUCAUCUUGUAGUACACCAGAGAAUACACACGGGAGAGAAACCCUUCAAGUGCAUUCCGUGCGGGAAGGCGUUUGCACGUUCAUCAAAUUUUCAUGUCCACCAGAGAACAAACAAGCAUCAGAAGAUCCACCAGGAGUGGAGUCUGAAAUCAGCUUUAAAAAGUCAAAGUGCUGCAAUGAGCCCAUCCCUCAUCAAACAAGAACCGGAAGAAAAUCCCAGCUUGGACACUUUCAAAGAAAUCGAGGUGAAAUAUGAAGAGGUGACGGUGAAAUGUGAAGAAGUGAUGGUGAAGAGCGAAGAAGUGAAGGUAAAAUGUGAAGAUGAAGAUUCAACUCCAAAAUUGGACCUUCACAUCGAUGGAGGCAACGUGAAGCAGGAGGAGAAUUCUGACUGUGAGGCCGAGCGAGGCAACUCCCAGCAGUUUGUGGAAGUGGAGGUGUGGGUGGACUUCCUCCGAGACAAUACAAAGUCAAAUGGAGACCAUGUCACCUGCUGCUGCCGCGUGACGUCACGACGUAACAGGAAGCUGCCGCUCCUCGCGUGCACUGCAAUCCGAGGCCAAGCCCACCUGAGCUGCUAUACCGCUUUUGUCUUCAGACGCGACCUGCUCACAACAACAACAAGCUGUUGCUUCCUCCGCAGAAUUGGUCUGAUGGAGCAAAGGCACUCGGCACGGCUCGGUGCAAAAAGGCAACAAUGCGACCAGCGUGCAAACAGCACGGAUCGUCCUGGAAAUUUGACACGACACAAGAGAACUCACACAGGAGAGAAUCCCUUCAAGUGCAGUGUGUGUGACAAGACAUUUUCACAGUCAUCAGCUCUUAAGACCCACCAGCGAACUCACACAGGAGAGAAACCCUUCAAGUGCACUCUGUGUGGGAAGGCGUUUGCAUAUUCAUAUAAUCUUGUAACACACCAGAGAACGCACACGGGAGAGAAACCCUUCAAGUGCAGUGUGUGUGGGAAGCCAUUUGCACAUUCAUCUGCUCUUGUAGCACACCAGAGAACACACACGGGAGAGAAACCCUUCAAGUGCAGUGUGUGUAGGAAUGCGUAUGCACAGUCAUCUGCUCUUGUAGAACACCAGAGAACACACACGGGAGAGAAACCCUUCAAGUGCAGUGUGUGUGGGAAGGCGUUUGCACGUUCAUCUGCUCUUGUAGAACACCAGAGAACACACACGGGAGAGAAACCAUUCAAGUGCAGUGUGUGUGGGAAGGCGUUUACACUUUCAUCAAAUCUUGUAAUACACCAGAGAACACACACGGGAGAGAAACCCUUCAAGUGCACUCCGUGCGGGAAGGCGUUUACACUUUCAUCAAAUCUUCACAGACACCAGAGAACACGCAAGCAUCAGAAGAUCCACAAGGAGUGGAGUCUGAAAUCAGCUUGUGAAAGUCAAAGUGCCGCAAUGAGCCCAUCCCUCAUGAAACAAGAACCGGAAGAAAAUCCCAGCUUGGACGCUUUUAAAGGUACCGAGGUGAAAUGUGAAGAAGUGAAGGUGAAAUGUGAAGACGUGAUGGUGAAGAGCGAAGAAGUGAAGGUAAAAUGUGAAGAUGAAGACUCCACUCCAAAAUCGGACCUUCACAUCGAUGGAGGCAACGUGAAGCAGGAGGAGAAUUCUGACUGCGAGUCAGAGCGAGGCAACUUCCAGCAGUUUGUUGAAGUGGAGGUGUGGGUGGACUUCCUCCGAGACAAUACAAAGUCAAAUGGAGACUCGUUAGAUGUGUAAGCUUGAAACGAUGUCGAUCCAAUAAACACACCUUUGUCACAGGCCUUUAAUGACUAGAAUGUGAAGUUGAACACUCAAUUGCUAGGUUCAACCUGCAGGGUAAGAGCGGCCAGUCUUUGUGGACCUGUGUGUUGGGUAGAUCUCUAACCAGGAGCGAGUUUCAAUAAGCUCCCAAGCAUUCACUAUGUUAUAAUUGCAUUUACAGUGGUCCCUCGGAGAUCGAACUUAAUUCGUUCCAAAACUGUGUUCGAACACCGAUUUGUUGGAACACCAAAUCAAUUUUCCCCAUAAGAAUGAAUGGAAAUAGCAUCAAUUGGUUCCCCACCCAAGGUUGCUCCUAUUAUGGGCCAUUUUUGCACAAAGUUUACAAUGUUAAAAAACAGUCCAGUACAUAAAAGCAUACAAAAAGCAAGAAACAAUUCUAAUUAAUAGAACAAAUGAACAUUGAACUUCACUUUACCUACAGUAAGGAGAGUGGAUGGCUUGAGUGGAAGGUGGUGAGGAGUGGAGGAGGUGUCAGUGUUGCUUGUGUAAUAAAGGAUGUUGACGA